ACGUGUGGUGGCACGUUAGUCGAAUUCAUGACAGGAAAGAGAUUUUCAGUGAACGAGAUAAAUGGUCCAUGAUCAUGACCGUAUUUCGGAAUGUUAGUUAUCUCCAUAAUAUUGGUUUCACUCUUCAUCAGUGACUUGUUUAUCUGAUUUAAAACGAAGAAUUCGUUACAUGUCAAUUCAAUUACUGCGUUAUUGAUGGUAUCUAUUUUUUUGGGGUUAAGUUUUAAGUCGCAAAAUUCAUGAGCAGAGAUCCAGGAUAUCUGGAAUAGUAAAACUUCUUAAUCUUUGUAAUUUGCUAUUUACACGAUUGUGUAUUCGAAGUCUGCAAUUAAAAAUGUAACAAUAAUGAGUGGGCAAAUAAAAGUGAGAUCGCUUUCACUCAGCCGAAGAACACAGACUUCACCAAACAAAGAAGAACCCCCUAUACUGAUGAUCCCUAACGAGGAAAAGACUUCUAUAGCAAAUCUGGAAACUGUUCUCAGUUCACCAAUUGCCCAUUCCUCCCGGAUUUGCUCAACCCCCAUAAGUAAGAAUGGGCAAUUUGAAAACUUUGAAGAAUCUCCAGACCAUAACUACUGUGGAAGCCCAACAUCUUUGUAUCCAUGUACUCAAGAAAGUGGAAGCGAAAUUGCUUGGGACUGGAAUAGCAACUCUAAACAGGACAACCAUUCUCCCACUUUGGACAGAAAAAACAAGCACAAUUCGAUGCUUAACAAUACCCCAAAGAGACCACAAUUUCUGCGCAAAAAACGAAUUGCAAAGGCUAACUCCCCGUUACUCAAUAUUCCUCAUAAAAGAAAACUUAACCAAUUAAAUGUAGCUGAAAGUAUUGGGAGGUUUGCAGAGGAGCUAAGAGCUCUCGCUGACAAAAUUAAGACUGAUCAGAAUAGCGCAGAAAAUGUAAUCAGCAACGUAGCCAGUAAGUCCGUUGACAACGAUGCAAAAUCUUCGAAGGAAUCGAAUAUAUUUAAUAUGCAGACACAGGUGAUGGCACCUGAGCCAAACAUCCAUGACUUGACAACACUUGAAUUCAGUUAUGAACCAAAAAAGGCUUCAGAAGCUAAAGAUGAUUCAAACAAACUUGAUUCGAGCCUUGAUGACUUAUUUGACGACGGGAUUGAGGCUUGCAUGGUACAGUGUAGCCAAGAAGUCGAGAAUAAGAUGAAACUUGAAACAGAAUUGCAAGAAAAUGCCAAUGUAACAAAUACCAAUGUGACUAAUGGUGAUAAAAAUGUGGGAUACAGUUCUAGGAUAAGUAAUGAAAACGAUGUUAGUGUCCGUUUUGAACAGCCUACCCCGAAGAUAAAAGCUGAUGUGAAUUCUAGCAAAGUUUUCUCAAACAUCAAUCGAUCCGCUUCAUCAGCGGAUGAUCAGCCUUCUCAAAUUCCAGAUGAUUCGUUUGACGACUGUCUAGCUCUGUGUCUUGACGAUGACCAGGACUUACUAAGCAAGGCUAUGGUUGAUAGAAAUCCUGGAAAUGAGACUCAUCCGACCAAAUUAAGCAAGGGAUCGAUCAGCCUUGUAGCCAACGUCCCCAUUAGUAAUUUUGACAAAUUGAAGUCCACGCCAAUUUCAAACAUGAUUCAUCAGUCUUCAGAUAGCAGUACAAAUUUUAAAAGGAAGCAACCUUGUACAAGUACGAACCCCGGUUCUACCUCGAGUUGUGCAACUGGUGCCCAGAAUAGAAAAUUCUUCAAGACUAAAAGUAUUUCAGAUUCUUUUUACGGACAUUCUAGUCCAGGAUGUCCCAAAGCCUCAAAUACAGGGUCGUCAACAAAAUCAGGCAUAAACAAGCAAUGUCCAAUCUGGAAAUCGAAUUCGUCAUAUAGUUUAAAUGCAAAAACCAGAACAAAUUCAGGAUUUGCUAUUCCAAAUACGAGCAAUCCUACUUUAGCUGCUGGCAGCAGAAAUAAUUCAUCAUGUUACACCGCACCAAAUGAACAACAGUCGAAUAAUCGGGUCUCUUACUCAUACCUGCGAGAUAAUAAUGUGAAAACUUCGUAUAGUGAAUCGGUAGUAUCGAAUUGCAAUCAUUAUGCAAGCCCUUCAGCGGCGUCUACAAAAUCGCUCAUGGAGCAGCAAAAUUCAAUGCCAUCUUAUUCUCGGCAGCUUAAGUGUACUCCUCAAGAGAUUGAAAGAAAACGAAUAGAAGCUAAAAUGAGACUUGAAGCUAAUAAAAUGAAGAAACAGUUGGAUUUGAAUAAAACAAAAGUACCGAUCAGUCAGUCAAUUACAAGACUUGCUAUAGUAAAGAGAUGAAAAAUAAUUGUGUGACUAGAUAACUAGAUGUAUGUCUAUUUUUAUAGCUUAUAGUAAAAUCUGCUGUAUUAAUUAUUAAAGUUGAAGCCCAGUGGUUGCAUUUUUAAAAAAACUUUAUUUUGUUGUUUUUACAAUUGAUAAAAUUCAGUGCGAAGUGAUCAUUCGUAAUCAUAGAGUUGAAUUUGUGUAUUCUCAAAACUAGGUCAAUUUUCUUGUUUCAUCUAAACGAUCAGUAUUUAUAAAAACUUUGAGAAAAAUUUCCAUUUACAGGGACGAUAUGUGGAAAAUGGCAACUUUGUACGCCUGACUAGCGUUAACAUAACGUGCGCGGCGUUUGGAGUGGCCAGUUUCCACAUAUUGUCCCUGUAUAUCGAGACACGACGAGAAACCAUACCUCCAUGUCGUUGAGAUUUAAAUACAAUCAAAUAAAGAACCAUCAUUCUACAAUUAAUUAUCAAACUAAUUCAUUAAACCAACCUGAUCUCUAUCCCGAUUUCUACGCCACUAUACGUACAAGGAUGAUACGCACCUUAUAAUUCUCUUCCUUUUACUUCAAAAUCUACACUCAUAUUUCUCCACAUUCAUUGAGGCUUUUUUUUACGUCGAUUUUUGAGCGAGACAUAUGAAUCAGUUCUGCAUAGAGUAAGAUUAGAUACCCGUUUUUUUUACCAUGUGUAUACGUAUACAUCAUAAUUUCGUAGCUUCGUUCCAAUCCAUGUGAAAUUAGCAAAUAAAUUUUGAAUUUGUGUUAAAA